AUGGGAGAUCUGGUGGCCGCCGCAGGCCCCUCGAGCGCGAGCCAGAUGCAGCUCAGGAGCAACAGCGGCGGUGGGCAAGGCCUGACCAACGGGAGCUGCGGCGGGCAUCAGUCCAGCGCUGCCAACGGCAGCUGUCGAUUCGACAGCUCCCUAAACACACUGACCAAGAAGUUUAUCGACCUCAUAGCCCGCGCGAAAGACGGGAUCCUUGACCUCAAGACUGCCGAAAAGGAGUUGCAGGUCAAGAAGCGCCGAAUAUACGACAUCACCAAUGUCCUUGAAGGCGUGGGUCUGAUCGAGAAGGCCAGCAAGAACAAGGUGCAAUGGAAAGGGACAGCACUGCCCCACAGCGAGGAGAGUCAGAACAACUUGGCAGCCCUUAGGCAUGAUGUCAAUGAGAUCCGGGAGCUGGAUAAGACGCUAGACGAGCAGAUAGCCUACAUGCGUGAGUCCCUUGCACGCCUUACAGAGGACCCUUACUCCCAGGCACGAUUUUAUGUCACAGAGGAUGACAUAGCCAGCUUGCCUUGCUUUGGAAAUGACAGCAUCUUUGCAGUGAAGGCCCCUCGAGGGACUACCUUGGAAGUGCCUGACCCAACAGACAAUUCUGAAUGGCCAAACCAGCCAAGAUACAGGAUACUGAUGCAGAGUACGAGUGGAGCAAUUGACGUGUAUCUUGUUCGACGACCGGACGAACAACAAUCAGAGAAUAGGAGUGCUGAAAACGGCGAAAGGGUGGGACCAAGCAGUGCCAAACCAGGAGACCUGGGCAACGGUGUUGCCACCAGCAGCCAUUCCCCUCUGCAGAAACUGGAAGCCGUGGAGUUCGAGUCGGAGCUGUGGUACAGCCACUAUGGCGAUAUAUCCGCCACAGACCUUUACAAAGAGGAGUGCCCCACAGAUGCCAUGGACGAUGAAGCCCCCAGAAUGACAGAAAAUGGGGGAGAGAUCAAGCAGGAGUGA